GGUUUAUUUCCUUGCCCUUUGGACAGUAAAAUGGAGUAAGUGAGUUGAUCGAAUGACUUUUUUAUUGUAGAAUUCCAGUAGGGGUGCUUUUCCUGAGACAUUGAUGACUGCAUAAAAAUUAAAGGUUUACGUCUAUGAGCUCAAACUUUUCCGUUUGUUUUUUAUUACUUAUAUAUGUAUAUAUAUAUAUAUAUACAUUGUUUAAGUCAUUGCUUCCUUUUCGGAGCUCGUCAUCAACGCUCACUGCGAGUGAAAAACACGUCUUAUUCUCCACGAGGUAUGUGAAUGAAGAUCUCUCGUCGCUGUUGAGUGUUGCAGCAGGCCUGGGAUACCGCUUCUUCUUCAAUCAGCGCUUGCAAUACAGGUACGUUCUCUACGAUCUUAAAGAUCUGGAUCUAUCUGUGGGAAAGUGAAAUAAAUGAAUCUCCCUUAAAAAAGAUGUAAGAUUUCUUCCGAUUUAUAUCAGAGCAUCUCAACGUCAGAGAGGAGGGAGGGAGGAGUAAAUUAACCUGUAUGCAGUCUAACUUUUUCUCUGCUUUCUUCUGGCAUCCACGUGAGAUCGGGGGGAGAACCCUCCUCUCAUCUAGUAGCCAACGACCCGAACGUGGUGACGGCUUCUUGUCCAAAAGACUCCUCGACAUACCGCAUCCCAUGCCGUUUGGAUACGCUAACCCUCGCAUCCUGACUUACUUCCUGAAAUCACCAUCUACCCCAUGCAAGGUGCCGUUCACGUCGCUUGACAUCUGUUUUAUUAGGCUCAUUUAUCGAUAUGUCCUCAAGGGAAAUAUCUCCCCAAGGGUUUCUUUUUACCCUCAACUUCCUUUAGUGAAUUUCUUAGCAACUCGCCUGGAAUGUGUUCUACAGACAAUAGAGAUUGAAGAUCGUCUUAUGCACCAUUUAAAUAACUCGACUAAUGGGGUGAGAUGAGUCUGCUCUGCAGGUGAAAUCCUGAACACCGCUGCCUUUAUGUUUUCAAGCUUUUCUGUGUGCGCUUGUCCUUGCGAUGGGAGCGUUUGGUUUGUCCUUGCGUAAACUUCUCUUGAGGGGAGGCCUGAAUGGUAAAAUAUCGUCUCUUUUGACGUAUAAAGGUGCCCUCGCUUAGAUAGGUAACUUCCCUAUGUGUCGAGCACAAUAAACCAGGGCAUUUCCUAUCGAUGCUAAACUCGCUUCUCACAUUAUUUUUAUCUCAAGGGAUUAUCUCUUGUGAAUCAUUUGAUUAAUGAGAUGGUAUUAUGGCUGAGCUCACGAUUGUGUGUGGUAACCUGAUACAUGAUAUGAAUCUAUACUCGAUGCGCCUCUGAGGUUUCUGGCUUGUGCUUCUGCGAGUAAAAGUAUCUAUUAAUAGAUGAGUAUUUUGUUAAUUACUGCUGCUCUUUAUUUAUUUAUGAGUCAUUAUUGGCUUUUUGCUAAGAAUGUCUGUUUGCUGAAGGACAACCAACUCAUAUUGCACUUCGAAAAGAAUUCUGGGUGACCUUUAAAGUACUAGAACGAAAGUAUUGUCGACCCUUUUACCAAACCUUAGGGUAGAUAGGCACACACACGCGAUUUUGCUCGAUCGAUUUCCCAUUAUGAAGCCUUUCUCUCCUUGAGUUUUUCUUUUUUGGAAUGAUACCGCCUUAACGGUUUCAAUCUAGAUAAUAAAAGAAUAUUCUUUGGGCAAAGCUGCGAAGGUGCAUGAGUUGAUUAGCGCAGUAAGCAAUGUUUUGUAGCACUACUUUUCGCUUCGCGCCUGUUUUUUGCCGUAUUGUUGAUUCUAUGCGGCAGGGUGAACCGUAUGCGCGUCAGGGCAUUCUUUACCCCAUUCGUGUGGAGCUCGGCGAGGGUGUUGAAUCUUGCACGCCGUAUGAAUUGCAAGACAAAAUCGACAUCAUGAUGUCACGGUCGAAUCGAUUCGCGUCGGUGAAGCCUGGAAAGAUAUUUACCCGGAGUAAUAACGAGGCCACAAUUAUCAAGGCCUAUGGACAGUAUGUCGUUACCGGGAAUAUGCGUGGUGGCUAUGUGAAGGGCGAUCACAGGUACGGGCCUCGACUCACCGGUUACGGUGGGGCAACAACAAAACCAGGGCUGCGGUGGAAUGGGGAGGAUCUUUAA